CUCGGCUUCCGUAAGGUGUCGUGGCGAUUGUGGAGUUGCGAAGGCGAAAGUACAGCGGCUCUAAAUAGUAAGAUAAGAACAUAUUUGUUACAUUACUGUCAGUGCAUUAUUGCAGUUAACGUAUAUCACAUAAAGGUUUCCAAGUGACAAUGAGGCGUGCGGGUUUGGGUGAGGGCGGCCCUCCAGACAAUUAUGUAGCAAGUGGAUACAGCGUGUAUGAGGAAGAGAAUGAACAUCUACAGGAGGGACUGAGAGCUAAAGUGCAUGCACUUAAACAUCUUUCAAUUGACAUUGGAAAUGAAGUCAAGUACCAGAAUAAAAUGUUGGGAGAAAUGGACUCAGACUUCGACUCAACUGGAGGUCUGCUGGGUGCCACCAUAGGUAGACUGAAGCUCCUCUCCAGGGGAAGCCAAACUAAGGUCUAUUGCUACAUGCUGUUGUUUGCUCUGUUUGUUUUUAUCGUCCUGUACUGGGUGAUCAAACUGAGGUGAUUGAGGACUGAUGAGAAUCUUCAGGACCUUUCUAAUGUGCCAUGCUUAUUUGGGGGAGAGGGGCAGAACCCUCACAGUGAUGACGAGGACUGAGGUAAUAGAGGAGUGUGUGAGAGCAUUCUUUCCUCUUUCUAUUGGACAAGUAUUUGAACCAUUAUAUCUUCUAUAAGGAUACAGAUUCAAUUCUUUUAAGAGAGAAGCACGCAAUAGCGCAGUAGUCCUUUAAUCAUAGUUGGAAAUUCACCAACUUCCCAGCUGAAUGGUUAACAUAACCGCAUCAGCCUGUAUUUUCCUUUCUUUUACUGUGCAAAUCACAACAUCCUUGAAAGAGCUGCCACAAAAUUGUGUGAAUAUACUUUUCAAGGGACUGAUCUUCAGACUGUGAAAACCAAAUUGAGAUAUGAGUUUAUUUUCAAUGCAGAUGUGUAACAACCAUAUCAAAAACCACUCCAGAAAUGUUUUUAGUAAUUUUGAAGUUCUUGUUCAAACCCUUCUGCUCUAUAUGGUUAACAUAAUGCAUGGUUUCAGUUUUUAGAAACUAAUUUGUAAAUAAAUGUCACUUUUGAGAGAAUUAU